AAAGAAUGGAAUUUACCCCAGAGGAAUUGGAGUUACCUCCCUGCAAAUAUGAAUAUCUUGAUCAUCCGGCUGAUGUUCAGUUACAUGCAUGGGGAGACAACUUGAAUGAAUGUUUUGAGCAGGUUGCAGUUGCUAUGUAUGGAUACAUGACUGAGAUUGAUAAAGUAGAAAUACUUGAUAAACAAGAAAUAGAAGCCAGCGCAGAUGAUAUGCAAGGGCUUCUUUUUCAAUUUCUAGAUGAAUGUCUAUUUGUGUUUUCAGCAGAACCUUUUUUAAUUGCUAGAAAAGUUGUUAUUACAGAGUUUGAUAAAGAGGCAUUUACUAUCAAAGCCACUUUGUAUGGGGAAGAAUUUGACCUUGCCAAACAUCCUCAAGGUACUGAGGUUAAAGCAAUAACUUAUGCGAGUAUGCAAGUUUAUGAUAAUCCAGGCCAGCAUGAAGUAUUUGUAAUUA